AUGUCGUCUUCAGAACGUUUUAUUGUAGAUGAUGUUCCGCUGGGUGGCGACCUUGGUUUGGAUUCAAACAACAGUCUGCUUGAUUUUGAGGAAUCCUUAAAUGCAAGUCUUUUGCCAUAUGCAGAUUAUAUGGUUUUUUCAGACGCGGCUGAUCAACUCGUGCCACCAAUAACCUCGGGGUACCCGGGAACUGACUCCCUGCAACCAGCAUUAUCUGGGAAUGGUCUGACGACCGAUCUCGGGUCUAUUGUUAUUGCGAAUAAUAUGCUUAAUGAACUCGAGUCCGGUACUGUCGACUCAUUAGAUGCGCUUAUACCGAGUUAUCAUGAAUCAAAAGACCCAGGCACUGAGGCUAAAGAAGGUAGUGUCAACCCUUCACAUCUGAUGCCGUUGCUAGAAUCUGGCGGAGCAAUUCUGAAUGACCCAUACAACUGCAAGGGCACCACAUAUCUUGCAGAUCCAUAUAAAAAUGCGCUAUCCUUUUCCCAGGUUACUUUAAUGAGCGUCUGUAUACAUAAUGCACAUUUUCUCGGCGUGACAAUACAGGCUUUCUUUGGUGAUGACUACCUCACUCUAUGUUCACCAUUCUAUCGGCCAGUAUCGGCUUCCGAUGACCCAACAGCUCUAUUGGCGUCUGUGUCCAGACCGUCCACCUCCAGAUUCCUGCAACCGACUCUUUCCCAAGUUUUAUUCCCGCACCACCCUAUCUUCGACCUGAUUCCAAUACCUGCGUUCAGAGAGAGAGCGAUCAUGCUCGCGGCUACCUCUCCAUCUUUGCUCAAUCCAUUAGAACUGAAACAAGAUAUCAUUAACGGUUGCUUUAUCUGCUGGGGUACAAAAUAUAGUCCAAAUCAUAGCUGUAAGGGGCAUACAUACAGAGCAUAUGCCAGGAUCAUAUGGUUCCUUGUCCAUACAUGA